UUUCUACUAGACUCCGGGCUGGUGCGCUUUGUUUCUCGUUCCAUAUGCUGUCUCGAUCCUCCAACAGCGCAGCAGGUCUACUGAGCUGCCGGCUGCUUCCAGAAUGCAGAGCGAGCUUCCUCCCUUCCGCAUUGCGCCGGCGUAAUGGCGCUAUCCGGUUCGAAUCCACCGAAAGUGAUGCCCAAGACACACCGCUGCCGUCGCCUCAUCCCCCUCGUGCUCAUCGACCCCCCCGUCAACGCCGUCCACACAAAAGGAGCCGAGGUAGGAAGGUACCAAUCUCAGUGAGCACGCUCGGGAAUCCUGGUGAGGUGGUGGUCGUGCAGGAACGACAACGCCGCCAAUUGCGCAAAGCGAAAGAAGGACCGAAGGAGAUCUUUGACAGGACUGCUCUUCCUUUAUUUUUGAGGGAAAUAGAGAACGACGAUAAUUAUGUCGAUAGCGAACUGUUGAAAACCCGUGUCGAAAGUUUACGUGACAAUUUACAACCCCAACACAAGUUGACCGUUGCCGAUUGGGAGGGCCUUCGAAAUGAGCUCCAAUCGUCCUUUACAUAUCGCCAAUUAUCGGACUACAUAUCAGAAACGAGAGAAGACAGUUCGAAUCAGGAUGGGACAAAAGUUGCGCAAUGGACACCCGGGAUUUCAGAGUUCCUAGAAACAGGCGAUCUUUCUUCUCGAAGAGGUGUCGCUGAUAGAGUCGCCCCAUCGCAGGCUCUCAUGGGAAAACACCUACUUGCUGAAAGGAUCCUCCGUGACUGCUGGCAUCUCGGAGUUCUUGAUGAAGUCGGUCAACUAGAUAUGCAUCUGCCUACGCCCGCAUUAUCUCUACUCCUCAACUCGCAGCACUUUUCUUUCGAGGAAUUAGCCAGCUUACAUGAGGCAAACAUUGAUGUCAUGCAUGCAUUUGGGCUUGUGAGGAUUACAGGACGGCAGCGUAUCUGUGAAUCAAUCUCUGAGAUUAUACACGAUACCACCACUAGGGUUCGACAGGAAGACAUUGAAUUGCCACCAGACGAAACGAGGACAAAAGUCAACAAUCGCAUCUUCACAUCCGAUUUCCUCUCAUGGGUGACCAAAACAUACAGAGUAGCCUUCGAACAAACAACACCGCAUACGCCAAACCGAAUCUUCUACCUGGUUGAGAACAAACAGGAUGCGGACAACGCGCGCAGGGCCCUCAAUCUUGCAUAUUACGGCGCAAAUGCUCCUCCUGUCCCUUUUAGCACCUAUGUACCCUCGACCGAGCCAGCUAGUGUCCACGAUGUUGACCCCGAGAACAACACGACAUGGCCCGAUAGACAAAAAGCAUGGUUCCGAUGGGCCACACCGGCAACUCAGGCUCCCGAGAUAAGCCCGUUGGACACACAGUUCUUCGAUAAUCACCAAACUCGCCUGUCGGACGAGCUUUUCAAGCUACUUCGACAAAAAUCAGUCACUUAUCAUGCAAAUCAAGAAACCGGCGCUGAUGUCCACGAAUCGGUAACAGCAGCAGUCGGCAAAUGCCUUUUCUUGCGAAAGCCAUUCUUCGAGGAGAGCUCGGUGAACGCCUCGCAACUCGGCAAAAUGUCACUCCCAAGGACAUUUACCACCGACAUCCCUCGUGCGGCCCAAUUCCUCCGCAUGCUGGCCCCGCAGCCUGUAGACGAGCACCAACAAGCCCACCGCAUCCGACUAGUCCCAUCGGCCCUCAACGCCAACGUCUUCCCUCAGCUAGAGCUCGAAGUCACCGCAAAGACCAACCGCCGACCCGAUGACCCGGACCCAGAACUCGCCAUGCGCAGCGCAAAACUAAUCCUUGCCGAGAGCAACGUGGACUACCUCCUCCCAGAAAACGGGCUCGAUCUACGCUUCACCCGGAAACUAACCCGGGAGCUCCUCACCAGCUCCCAAGACAGCUUCUCCCUCAAAGCUCUGGAAGAAUGUCUCCGAGGCCUCUUCACCCGCUCCAUCACGAGCGACGGAGAACUCCCCCUUCCCGCAUUCACACAAGUCACACUCCCCCGCGAUAUCCUGGGCCAGGAUACAACCUCCACAGAAUACAUGUUCCUCCCCGUCAGCGAUAUCAGGGGUACACGCAUCCAUCGGUACGAUUUCCGCGGCCAGCAGCUCAACUAUGCUUUCUACGAGAGCGGUCCAUUCAACCCUUACCAGACCUCUGACCUGUUCUUGAACAUGGACACCGCAAAGGACGAGUCUGCAUCGGCUGAGUCUGUCUCCGAGACGGACGUGUCCCGUGACGCACUGAAAGACAAUUUCCACACUUUUUAUAAGACCGCUUGUGCAUUGGCUUUCGAGUUGGAUAAGGCUCGACGUUUGGAGGCGAGCUGGGAUAGUACCGGCGCUAUUUAAGUAUUGGGUUUGUGGUGGAGUCGAUUUGUGAGCCAUGUAUUUAUAGAUUUAUUUGAUGAUAUAUGUAUACUAUGAAAAUAUAUUUGGAAGGCAUGUCUCUACUGUGUAUGGUUGUUGUCUGGUUGUGGUUGCAUGUAAAUGGGCGGCUCCCUGUUGAGGGU